AUGGCAGCAAAUAAGAAUUUGACGCACGACGACCCGUCAGGUGAUUUAGGUAAACGACUUGAUCAUCAAGGGUUUGAUUGGUGGAGCGCUGGAGAGAACAUCGCGCGUGGGUUCGAAGAAAACGAUGAUGUAGGAGUUAUGCGCGCCUGGAUGAAUUCUCCUGGUCAUCGCGCAAAUAUAUUGAAUAGCAGAUACACGCAUUUUGGUGCCGGAUAUAAGGACACAUACUGGACACAAAAUUUCGCGCAAGAUGUUAAUGGUCGUCCACCGAAUGUGCCUAGAUGCCCGACAGAAACAAAAUCAAAGGAUGGUGCUGGUGAAUGA